UCUCUCUAUUUUCGCCUUCUUCUCUUCCUGGCUCUUUCCUCCUGCCCUUAAUAUUCAAACACAUUUUUAUCAAAAAAUAUAAUCUACUAUUCCUCCCAAGAUAUCAAGCUGUUUAAGUUUGUUCUUUUUAAUUUCAUUUCUCACUCAGUAGAGAAUCGGAUACAGUGGUGGUUACAGCGAUUCAAUGUCGGAAUGUAACUUGUAAGAGUUUGAAUCACUCAGUACAGAUCUCUUACAGAUCUAAGUCUCUCUACAUUGUUCACUUCAGGGACCGGUUUCUGUGAUUGAAGGAAAAGAGGAUAAUGGUUUAAUGGUAUAGAAUUUGUUAUAUGUCACGCACAUGCGCAUAACUGAUGUUAUUGGCAGUGGAAGGUGGAGGAUUCUUCUCUUCUUCGGCUACUGGGUAUAGCAAGGGUCUUGCCUUGCUGUUCUUAGGCCGGAAAAGCGAGGAGAGACCCAUGAGAGUUUCACCGUGGAAUCAGUAUCAGUUGGUGGAAGAAGAAACUGACCCUGAUUUCCAACUGGCUUCUGGUAAGACUCGUGCUUCCCGCGGUUGCGCUUGUUUUGGUCGCGCUUCCGCAGGACUAGAGGACCCGUCACCUCCAAAACUAGGUCCCCUCCAACAGCAGGACGGCUUAGCUAAGUCUUCUUCUGUUUCUGAGAAUGCUGAUGAUUGUGUUAUUGAGAAUGGGGCUGAUAAGAAUACAGGGAACUUUUAUCUCAAGAGUAGCUUAAAGAAGCCGUGUUGUGCUUCAGUAGUAGAUCGCAAAGAUGGUGACUUACAUCUGGCAUCAGGGGAAGAUGAUAGCAAUAAUCCUGGCUGUGUUGGAAAGAGAAAAGUACAAUGGACAGACACGUGUGGAAAAGAGCUGGCUGAGAUCAGGGAAUUCGAAGUCAGUGAAAUAACGUCAGACGACGAGUUCGAUCACGAUAAUGAAAGGACGUGUGCAUGUGCAAUAAUGUAAGUCUGGAUUAGAAGAAUUUUUGUAUGCAGCUCAUCCCUGAUCAAUUUGGUGAGGAGAUCUUAUCCAUCCAUAGACUACUAUGAUCAGGAUCAAGGAACUAAAGCAUUUAACAAAGGAUUGUGCCAAAAUUUUGUUCCUUUAGAUGCAGUCUAAUCUAAUGGUUCCACAACCCCGCCAGUGUGGUGAAAUUUCUCAUGAAAUUGGUUUUCCAUGCCGGCCAAACUAGCCGAUCUAAGCUGGUUAUAAAUUCGUAGAUUUUCAUGUAUAAGAAUUUAGGCUUUUUCUAAUUCGUCGAUUCCAUUACCUUUUAAAUUUAUCCUUUGUUUUGAUUUCACAUGUAUAGAAGCCCAAGAUAUCUGAAAGGGAAUUUCACAUCUGUUUGAAAUAUGAGUUACUUGUUUGCUUCUUUA